UAUUGAUCGGCGGAAGCAAUAACCUCGCCUUGAGGGUUUCUCGGUAUCCUGUCGCUGCUAUCUACCGAAACCGCAAAACCCUGGGAACGAGGAAGCUCAGAAAACUGUCCCACGAUUCUUUGCAGAGAAGCUAAAUGCAAGAUGGCGAAGGCUAAGGAGGGAACCGCUUCCGGAGUUUCAGACCAUUUGGCUGAUUUUGUCGGUACUGAAAUUAAUUGCCCUGUUUGUUUGGAAGUAUUUGACGAUCCCAAGUGCCUUCCCAACUGUGCGCACAAUGUCUGCGUUACAUGCCUCGGAAACUUAGCCAGACGAACCCGCAGGAAGAGUACGGUGGAGUGUCCUGAAUGUCGCACCAAGUCAACGGUUCCAUUGUCUGGAGUUACCGGUUUCCCCACAAACCACUUGCUUAAACGGCUCGUAGAGAACUCCCCUGAACAUAGGGGAAGGCGUGCAUUUGACAAAGCUCUUGAAUGUUACAGAGAACAAAGGGAAAAGAUCAAGGAAGAGUUCCAAACUCUCACAACCUUUCGAAGGAUUCUUUUUGAAGAGAGCAAGAAGGAAAUGAAAGAUCAAAUAAAAUUGGAAGCUAAACGUGUAAGGAAACUAAUUGACAAAGAAGAGAGAAAGCUAUUGUCUCAAGCAGACGAGAUCUACAAUGAAAAGUCUGACCAAAGUCAGUUUGGAAAGAAACUAGAAGAGGUCAGACAGCUCAAUGCUAAAGUUUUAACCUCCCUGGAAGGUGCUGACAAAGUUAAAGAGGAACGCGACUGGAAGAAAUUUCAGAAAUCAAGAGAGAUCUUUGAAAAACAGUUUCAAGAUAGUCUUAAGACUUUGGAGGCCUCAAUUGAAAACUUGAGCAGUAUGCAGUGGACAGCUACUGCCAAAUUUAAUGCAGGAAAAUUGGACAAAUCUAGCAAAAUCCUGGGGUUAAUUUCUUGUGAUCCAUGUAAAAAAGCUGCUACCGGACCAGCAAUUGCAUUGGGUGAUGAUGAAGUCAUUCGUGUUAUUGACACAGACUUUGUUCCAACAGCAUUAUCUGUUUCUCCACAUACAGGUGAGAUUGCCGUUCUUGAUGCAGAAAACAACUGUGUUCAUAUUUUCACUGCCACUGGAGAUCACCAAAAGCAAUUUGAGAUCAAGUAUGGUGAUCUUAAGGAAAUUACGUAUUCCAAGAAUGAUGACAUUGUGGUUCUGAACCAAGAGAAGAAUCGCCUUUUACACUUUGACAAGGAUGGUGCUUUCAUACACAAGUUUGUCCAGUCUCCCAACAGAUCAGUGAGGUUUCAGAAAGUAACAACAGGUGGGGAUGGGUGUUAUGUGCUUACAACCCUGACUGAUGAUGGACCUGGUGUUGUUGUGUAUGAUUCUGAAAGAUGCCACAAGUUAGCAUUCACAUCAACUCACUUUCAAGGCAACACAUUGGCUGCAGUGCAUCUUAAAGAUAAGUAUUAUGUCACUGACUGCAGCAGCACAAUCAAGAUCUUUGACAAGAAAGGUAAAUUUCUUCAAGAAACAAAGAAUCUCGGUGAUAGUUCCAAAAGUCCCUCUAAGCUCUACUCAGUGGCUGUGGAUGAUGCACAUGACUGCCUUGUCUGUGUUUCUAAGCAGAACAACCAGAACACAAUCCUUGCUGUGAAAACUGAUGGCAGUAUUGUGUCCAAGACUCCUAUAGGUGGUAGUCUCAAUUCUAUUGCAAUGUCCAAAGGAUUUGACAGUUUGGUGGCAACUUUUCAUGAAAAAAAGUGCAUUCAAAUUUUACCCCACAAAGUUUGAGGAGUAUUUUUUUCAAAACCUUUGAAAUUCAAACUCUGCUCAACUCAUCCUCACAGUUAAUGCUGCCUUCCAUCAUUAUUGUACUCCAGUGAUCAGAAAAGCUGAAAUUAUGGAUUUCUUGAACAACUCAGUUUUUACUUCAAUUCUGCUUUACAUUCCACUGCUGUAAAUGGAUCUGUAGAUGGGAAUUAAAUAUAAAGUAAAUAAAGUGGGUAUAAGACUGAAAACCUAUCAAAGAUGAUAUGUUUGGUGGUAAAAUAACUACAGCAACUGUUUAUCACCAGAUUGCUUGACUUAUUGGAAUGGUUGUAUAGAAGAGCUAAUAGUGUUUUUUUUUAGUUAAACUAGAUGUAAAGCAGAGAAAAUUUUCUUUGUUUACAAGAAAAUAUCUCAGCAUAAUUCAACAACUAAACUCUCCUAAUACCUGAAAUUUCAGAUUUACAAAUUGGAAAUAAUAUUAAUCUAAUUUCAAUUUUGUUUAAUUUAUUUUCUGAUAAUAAAAAGUUUGAAUUCCUGAGGGGGAAAUCCACUAACAUGGUACAUAGAAGAGUGUUCUGUAAAUCAAAUUGUAAAUGAAAUUGUUCUAACCUCACAUUAUAUAAAUGCUGCCCUGUGGACAGGUAAUGAGAAUGAAGGAAAUGGUCACUUACUUAAGAUGCUCUUCAUUUUCACUACUGUAUGAAAUGUAAAGAGAACAUUUAAAAGAAUAAGCUCACUGUU